UGAUCGAAUUUGAGUUUUUUUAGGGUUUAGUUGAAUUUCGAUGCACAUUAGGGAUUUGGAUAGUAGUGAUUAGCCUAUGAAAGUUUUGAUCUUUUUCUGUUUUGGUUUGGUUUUGUUGAAUUUUUCUUUAAUUUCUUGUUUAUCAAGUUAUAGGUGGCGUUUUUUUUUUUGUGAAGUACCGUUUUUUUUUUAAAAUUUAGCUGUAGUUCCUUGUUUAUGAAGUUAUUUAGUUGGUGCUUGAAGCAAAAAGGUAAUUAAGGAGAUUGUGUGUGGAAUUAAGUUUUAUUUUUAAUGUUUUAUAGGGUUGCAGGAGCUAAAUCUGCGAAUUAGGGCUUCAUAUGUGUGGAUUUGGCUUAAAUCUGUUGUUUUUUUGAAGCAGGAGUGAGCAUUUAUGAUCUCUGAAAUUGUUUAUGAAGUUAUUUAGAUGGUGCUUGAAGCAAAAAAGUAACUAAGGAUUGUGCGUGUAAUUAUUAUUUUUAAUUGUUUUAUAUGUUUACAGGAGGUAAUUAUGUGAAUUAGGGCUAUUUUUUAUUUUGGUGAAUUUGGCUUAAAUGUGUUGUAUUCUGAAGCAGGAGUAAGCUUUUAUGAUCUUUGAAGUGUGCUCCAUAAUUUGUUGAUUUAGAAAUUUAUUGUUUUAAUUGUUUGUCAGGUCGUUUGUAACUUGCAUUUGUGAAGAAUUCGUUUGGUUUGUUAAGGUGGUUGAGUUUGUUUCCUGUGGUUAGAAGGUUGAAAGCAAGAGGCUUGAUUUUUUAGCUGUUGAAAUGGAUUAUCAGCUUUCUGAUAGUAGUGGAUGUCAAGGUUUUUUUCAUGGAAACUUACUACUCCAGGCAUGGAUGGGUGAGGUUGAGGUGGGUUCGAGUCUAAAACAAUGCCAACAACAGAAAGGGGCAGCUGUCUGUAUUUCUUGGAAGGAAUCUCUGUAAACCGAACCAUAAACCAGGCUGGAUCUAGACAAAUGGAAUCAUUCUUUUCUGGCUUUGAGUAUAUCAAUGUUGAAGAGCUACUUUCAGUUUCGCCUGGUUACUUGAUUGGAUCUUUGAACUGAUGAUGACCUUCCACCAACACAUCGAAAUAGAUUCCAAAGUGGGGUGCGAACUGCUGGAAAUGGAAGAUCUGCAGUUGGUGGUGGUGCUUCACAGCCAAGUUUGCAUAGUGACAUGGAAACUCAAAUCCACAAUAUUGAACAAGAAGCAUAUACUUCAGUCUUGCGAGCCUUUAAAGCCCAGUCAGAUGCCAUUACUUGGGAAAAGGAAAGCCUAAUUACAGAACUCAGAAAAGAACUAAGAGUUUCAGAUGAGGAGCACAGGGAGCUCCUAGCUAGGGUUAAUGCUGAUGAUAUUAUCCGGAGGAUAAGGGAAUGGAGAAAGGCAAAUGGGAUCCAACCUAGCAUGCCAAGCACCACCCAGCCUUCUCACAACCCUAUAGCUAGUCCUUCUGCUUCAGGAUCACGCAAGAAACAGAAAACAUCGCAGUCAGUCGCCUCAUUGUCCAUGGGUGCACCUUCUCCUGUAUUGCAUCCAUCUAUGCAACAAUCUACAUCAGCCCUGAGACAUGGCCCUCCUCCUGGAUCUGGGAACAAGAAGCCCAAAUCAGCUGUCUGCUGCAUCCUCAACAAGUCCAUGCAGCAAUGUUCUACAGGUUUGUCUGGCAGGGCACAAGUUGCUAACCAUGGCUCUUCAGGUGCCUUUGCAGCCAAUGAUUUAAUUGGAAAGAAAGUUUGGACUCUAUGGCCAGAGGAUAACCACUACUAUGAAGCUGUUAUAACUGACUACAAUGCAGUUGAGGGGAGGCAUGCUUUGGUUUAUGAUAUUAAUACAGGGGAUGAAACGUGGGAAUGGGUCAAUCUCAAAGAGAUAUCUCCUGAAGAUAUUAGGUGGGAGGAUGAGGAAACUGGACUUUUCCGUAGAGGUGGCCGGCCUGGACCAGGCCGUGGGAAUAAGAAAUCAAUUGCACGUGGUGGCACUGUUGCUGCUGCAGGAAGAGGUAGAGGAACCAUAAAGGGUCAAUCCAAAAAAGAUUUCUCUUUAACCAAGAAUGGCGUUGCGAAGAAAGCUAUGGGUGAUAUUGAGAUACUUCACACAGAUACUCUAAUAAAGGAGGUAGAAAAAGUUUUUGGUGCUAGCCAUCCUGAUCCUUUGGAAAUUGAGAAAGCAAAGAAAGUUCUAAGAGAACAAGAACAAGCCCUGGUUAAAGCAAUUGCGAGGCUUGAAGAUGCAUUGGAUGGUCAAAGCGAUGAGGGAGAACAUCCGCUUCCCCAUAUUCAAUCAAGGGACCAGAAUCGGGGAUGGAGAAAACGGCCGUAUGAUGAGAUUGUUGGUGAAGGUAGAGGAAUCAAAGGCUCAGGUGGCAACAAAAUGGCAAGAAAUGGUAGAAUUGUUCCUAGUGAUCAUCAUGAUGAGAAUUAUGACAUGUGACUAUUAGGCUUAUUAGCAACUAGUGGCCCUGACUUGUAUUAUAGCUUGCUCUAAUUUUAUGACCAGCAAAGAGCAUGACAAUUCCUUGGCUAAUUGUCUAUUGGCUAGUGGAAGCAGUAGCUUUGAUUCCAGUGUAUGUUUUGUUUCAUUGAAUUAUGAAAUAUUGAUGUAAAUUAUUUUGACAGAAACAUCUGAAUAUGUAAAAAUGGCAGAAAAAAUCUCUCUCGUCAA